UUAAGUUUACUUAUAAUCGGACCGUUGAGUAACUUCAAUUAGGCUAUCAAGCUAAAAGAAAAUGCUUAUGAUCAUGAAUUAGCACACUACAAAGCAUCAUUGGCUAAAUAAUCACUCCAUGCAUCGCAACGCAUAUGACCCAAAAUAUAAGUGCAAUGAGGAUGAGGACAGAGAUUGGCCGCUCCCUCUCGCCAUUUGUCAGCGAGCUUUACGAUUCGAAGCACUCUGCAUGCUCUGCUUCCAUUCUUCUUAUAUGCAUCAAUCAAUUCCGUUCAUUAACUUCAUCAGAGGGCAGUUGCAACUCGCAACCGCCAUUUACUCUUCCCGCGCUACGUUUAUAUAACGUCCUUUCAACUGUAUCUUCAAGAAUCCGCACACACUGAGCAGCGAAUUUCAGAGCCAGAAAGAUUCCAGGAGAAGCUCUCUCUUUGAAUGAGACUGAGACUCCAAGAAGCUCCAUCGAUGGCGAGACCCUUGAGGCUUUGCUUCCUCCAUGCCGUGUUCUUUUGGGUGCUCUUGAGGGCAGCCCUCUCAUCUGCCUGGCCACAUUCCCGAGAAGAGCCACUGUAUCUCAAGUUUGUGUUAAAUGCUACGGACUUCCCUAUGGAGGACUACUAUGACUACAUCAUAGUCGGAGGCGGCACUGCAGGGUGCCCCCUGGCGGCAACGCUCUCUCAAUCCUACAGAGUCCUUGUGCUUGAGCGCGGAGGCGUCGGAUAUGGCAAUCCCAACCUCAUGUCGCAAGAAGGCUUCCUCAGGACUCUGAUCGAAGUAGACAUGUUCCGCUCGCCAGCUCAAGCGUUCACAUCUGAAGAAGGAGUCCCCAAUGCCAGAGGCCGUGUUCUUGGCGGCAGCAGCACAAUAAACGCCGGGUUCUACAGCCGGGCUGACUCCUAUUUUUUUCAUAACUCAGGGGUGGAUUGGGAUCUUGGAGCCGUCAACGCGUCUUACGCUUGGGUUGAGAAGGCUGUUGCGUUUCGGCCCAGGUUGAGGAGUUGGCAAUCUGCCGUCAGGGAUGCACUACUGGAGGCAGGAGUUAAUCCAUCCAACGGGUUCACUUUCGAUCACGUGGUCGGGACCAAGAUCGGUGGUUCCACAUUCGAUAAGUUUGGGAGAAGACACACCUCCGCUGAUCUAUUAAGCUACGCGAAACCUUCCAACAUUAGAGUGGGAGUACACGCUAGUGUCGAAAGGGUGCUGCUAGCUUCAACUUCCGCGAAUUCAGGACUAAAGCCAUCCGCAAUCGGAGUCAUUUAUCGCGACCAAGUGGGUCGCUACCAUCAUGCAAUGGUGCGUGACCACGGCGAAGUGAUCCUCUCUGCUGGUGCGAUAGGCAGUCCACAGCUGCUGCUACUCAGCGGUGUCGGACCUCGGCCCUAUCUUUCUUACUGGGGAAUUCCAGUGGCUCACCACCUUCCAUUCGUCGGGCAGUUCCUGUAUGAUAAUCCAAGGAAUGGGAUUUCGAUCGUGCCUUCCAUACCCUUGGAGCAUUCUCUCAUUCAGGUCGUCGGGAUCACCAAAUCGGGAGCCUACAUCGAAGCAGCUUCGAACGUGAUCCCCUUUUCGUCCCCUGCUCGCGCAGUUUUCCUGCACACACCGUCUUCACAGCUGAAUGUGACCGUGGCCACUCUAAUGGGGAAGAUAGCCGGCCCACUCUCCAGUGGCUCGCUGAGGCUCGCUUCCACGGAUGUGAGGAUAAAUCCGAUCGUCCAGUUCAAUUACUUCAGCAACCUGGUGGAUCUCGAACGCUGCAUCAGCGGCACUCGCAAGAUCGGUGAGGUGCUGAGGAGUCAUUCCUUGGAUUAUUUCAAGUUCAGGGAUUGGUACGGGAAUAGAGAAUUCAGGUACGUGGGCUCUCCCCUCCCGGCUGAUUUAUCAGACGACACACAAAUGGCGGAGCAUUGCCGGCGGACGAUGACCACCAUAUGGCACUACCAUGGCGGCUGUGUGGUAGGGAAGGUGGUCGAUAAAGAGUUCCGAGUGCUUGGAGUAAAUGCGCUCCGUAUCGUGGAUGGUUCCACAUUGAAUGUGUCUCCCGGGACUAACCCUCAGGCGACCUUGAUGAUGCUUGGGAGAUAUGUUGGGUUGAAGAUGAGGAGAGAGAGGUCGAGACCAAAGUGAGUCCAGAAGAAUAGAGUCAAAAUGCUUGUCGGCUCUCAUGCUGCUUCAACCUUAUUGCGCGUGUAUCUUUAGUGUAGAGAACUGUCUUCUGGCAUUUGAUUUCACCGAUUCUUUCUUUCGAAAAUAGGGAAUACGGAUGUUUGCACCAACGGGUGAUGAGAGUGGCCGUAGUCUGUGAGCGAAUGAAGUGGGAGCAUGCGAAGAAAUUUAGGCGAGUUGGAACUACACCAUUCUUGUUGAUUCUAAUCAGACUACUGUAAUCUCUCUCGGUAAUGUUCUUUUGGGUUUUUUCUCGUUCA